UGAAUGUCUAAAUAUACUGUAUGGAAUUGACUUUGAACUCGAAUCUAGUAAGGAGUAUGAAGAAGCAAGAGCCAACACGUUAACUGGCUCUUAAUCAAAUCUCGAGAUGGGAUUAGACUCAUUGGCAUUCGGAAAUUCAUGUCAACGAAAAACUAAAGACAGCGGGGUUUUUGGUUUCUAAUUGCUGGUCAUGGUUUAAAUAAAAUAGUUUCAUCUGAUAAAAUGAUAUCUGGCCGAUUAAAAACUUUUCGCAAAGAAAUCGAAGAUGUUCGCGAAGGAAAAGAGCAUUCUUUAGAAGCUAUUCGCAAGGAUUUGACUUCAAUCCCUUACAUCCCUGAACUAGCAAAACUGGAACACUUACGUUCUCUAACUUUAGCUCAUAAUAAAAUUACAGAAAUACCCCAGGAGAUAUCGACACUGCAAGGUUUGGAACACCUUAAUCUUUUUAACAAUUGCAUCGUGAAUAUCUCUCCGAAAAUUGUGGAGCUGACGUACUUACGUUCCUUAAACCUUGGAAUGAAUAAACUAUCUGUUCUACCUCGCGGUUUCGGUGCUUUCCCUUCUUUGGAAAUUCUUGACCUAACAUAUAAUAACUUACGAGAAACUAGUCUACCCGACAACUUUUUCAAUUUAAUAACACUUAGAGCAUUAUAUCUUUCGGACAAUGAUUUUGAAUAUAUUCCACCAGGCAUUGGCAAACUUGUGAAUCUGGAAAUAUUAGCGCUGCGGGAUAAUGAUCUUGUGGCCUUACCGGCAGAAAUAUGUCUACUUACCCGACUGAAAGAACUUCAUCUUCAAAACAAUCGCCUUGCGGUUCUACCUCCUGAGUUAGGUGUGCUCGAUCUUUGCGGACCUAAACAGGUAGCAAAACUGUCAGGUAAUGAUUGGGUUUCACCAAUCGAAGAUCAAUUACAAGUUGGUCUUUCUCAUGUGUUUGACUAUAUUCGAUCUGAGACCUAUAAAUUUUUGUAAAAACUUUUGAUGAUGGUUGCUUCAGAGAUAACUACUGUUUGUCUUUUCAAUCCUGCUGCUACUAGUGUAUGCUACAGAUAAAAGAAACGCGUUAAAGAGCUGCUUGCCUAAAGUAGAUAGGCGGAGAAUGAUGAAUACAGCAGUGAAUAUGGGAAAUGAAAAUUUAUUUGGCAUCUGUAACGAUCUUAGUUUUGAUAUGUUGAGAAUUAACCGAAUAAUUCCGGUUCCCUAGAUUUUCUGAACCAAAGUGUUUUGUUUUGAAUGCUUGCAGUGAAAUCUUCAAGGAACUGUAAACCAAACUUCAUGUUUGUUAGAAAUCUUUAUUUAGGUCUGUUUGCGAUCUUGAAGAAACUUAUGCUUUUUUCGAGGUUUAAGUCGAAGAAAAGGACAUAAAAGUGUGAUAAUAAAUGAUACACACUCCCUUGCAUGAUGUAAUUUUUCAUUAUUAUCUAAUUUGUACUAACCCCAACAUUUAUUAUAUAUGAAUUUGUUUGUUUGCUUUUAAUCAGUUUAUACCAACGUCAUAUCGCAGCUGACAAUAAACCGAGACCAGUAGUUGAUAAGUCGAAAAAGCUCAGUCGGAAGGUACAAUAAGAUCACGGUAUAUAUUCUCUACACUUCAGUUGUAGUGUUUCUCUGACGAUCUAAAAAUUUAAUCUUGUACGCAAAUCAGAACUAUGAAUCGCAUUAAAUAUGUUCUUGCUUUCUUUUAAAACCAUUUUAUUGUGAUUUAAUUGUAAUUGCCUAUUGUGUAUGCAUAAACUAGACAGUUUCAAACAUUUCGUUGAAAUCAAACCUGGUACUUCUUUUUUUUGGAGAAAAACAGUUAGGAUAUUUUAUGCUUAUCCAACUAAUAUUUCAUUGCUUUAUACCAGUAUCUCUUAUAUUGACCACUUUAAAUCUGCGUUUUGGAAAAUAAUCUUUUAUUUUCAGUUUUAAGGCAGUGUCACUUUUAUUUUGUUUUUCGUUGAAUUAUUUUUUAAAGUUCUUCGGUAUUUUGUGCCUCAUAUUCAUCGUCUUUGAUUUCUUCUGGCUUUUUUCCUAUAGAAAAUAAUAUAAAGCAUGAUUUUGUUGCAAUGUGUAUUACCUUUUAUAAAUUCUUCCAAUGGUAGAGGAUCAGCGAUUGCCCAAUCCUCGAGAAUACUCUAAAAUUUGCGAUAAAUACAUAUUGAAAUU